GGAUUAAAACCUAACCUAAUUUCUUGACCUAAUUUUACGUUUUGUCUUCCUCAUUCCUCGUUUGGCUUUGAUCAUGUUUUGAUAUUUUCAGGUUUUUCUAAGCUAUUAAAAGAUAAGAGUUUUCUUUUAAGCGAAAAUGAGUAACAAGAGAUCAAACGAGACGUUGGCCUCUAAAAUUGCGGGUAUAUUAUCCGCUGCACCUACACAGUUCAAUCCGGACGAUGACCAUAUCGACGAUACCUCCGCUAAAUUGACGAAUUUUGAUGAUUAUAGCGAUGAUGAAAGCGAAGAGAUAUUAAGUAAAUUUAGAAAACAAAACAUCGAUUUACUAGGCGAUAUAGAUCAGAAGUAUGCGGGGAAAAAAAGUAACAGAAAAAGUUUAAAGGAAAGUUCAGAUGAAUAUUCGGCAAGUGAAGAAUGGGAUACUGAAGAUGAUGUAGCUGAAGAAGAUGGUAAACAAAUUAAUAGUGACAGCGAAGAAGAAGAUAGUCAACAAGAGUCUGAAAACAGCGACGAUGAAGAAAAUGGUACGGAAUCAGAUGGUUCCGAGGUAGCAUCUGAUGCAGAUGAAAAUUUCCAACAUAUAAAAGAAACAAACGAGUCGCAGCAGGUUAAAAAAGGUGUCUCAGUAAGAAAUCAAAUGAAAAUAUGGGAAAGUCUACUUGAAGCAAGAAUACAACUCCAAAAAUGCUUGUCAGCUGCAAAUAAACUGCCCCAAGGAGAAUAUUAUAGAGACAUGAUCAAAGAAAGUGACUUAGAAAUGGACUUUAAGAGUAAAAUUGUCGAUACAAAGAAGAAUGUUGAGAAUGUUUUAGAUAAACUAUUAUUACUGCAAAAAAUAGUUAUUAAAAAGUAUCCUGAAACCAAAAAAUUAGGAAAAGAUAAUCAAAAAGAGCAUAUCAAAGAAGACGACGAUGAUGAUGAAGAUAUCCCUAGUGAUACUGAUGAAGAAAUCAAUGAAAAUGAAAGUGAAUCAGAAACAGAUGAUGAUUCAGAACCAAAAAAGAAGAAAAGAAAGUUCAAUGAUUUCGAGGUUGAUAUUGCCGAAAUGCAUGAAAAAUAUAAAAGUUACAGGAACGAGACUAUUGAGAAAUGGAAUGCCAAAACUAGACUGUCAAUUACUAAAAACGCUGGUCAGGUUCACUCAGUUCUAAACCAAAUUGAUCAUAUUUUGAAUGAUAAAGCAAAAUUAAGGAAAAGAACUCAAUUGAAGAGAACAGAAUUCAAAAUCUUGGGAGAAGAGGAAAAAGAGUUAAAUAACGAAGAUAGUGAGAAUGCUAGACAGCCAGAAGAAUAUAAUACAGAGAUUUUUGAUGACAGUGAUUUCUAUCAUCAGCUACUUAGAGAGCUGAUUGAGGUUAAAUCAGCUGAUAUUACUGAUCCAGUACAGCUAGGACGGCAGUGGAUUCAACUACAAAAUUUACGGAAUAAAAUGAAGAGAAAAAUUGAUACCAAGGCUACGAAAGGAAGAAAAAUUAGGUACACUGUUCACAGUAAGUUAGUGAAUUUUAUGGCACCUUUGUAUCAAGAAACGUGGACCGAUGAAGCUAAAAACGAAUUGUAUUCUUCCUUGUUUGGUAAAAUUAAAUUGAAAAAUAGUUAAUUCUAUUAUAGCUUUAUUAUUAUUAAAAUAUAU